CAGUUUGACAAUGUUACGUGUUGGCACACAUACGACAUCUUCCCAAUGCGGUCAUAUCCUGAUGCAUGAUUUUUGACUGCAACUUUGAGCACGCUACGCACAAAAGAUGGGAUGAGCCUAUCUUAGUAAGUGUGCAUAGCUGCGCAAUGCAUGCACGUUCACGUAUAAAUGGCCGACCCCGCACGCGCUGUCCAAGCACAUCACAUAGUGCGCACUCUUAGAAAGAAUGUCCUCACCCCAAGUUUGGUUCAUCACCGGCUCCUCCUCAGGCUUCGGCCGCGCCGUGGCAGAGCACGUCCUGCGCAAGGGCGACAUCGCCGUCGCAACCCUGCGCACGCCCUCCGCGCUCGCCGACCUCGCCGCGCGCUACCCGCCCUCCCGGCUCCUCGUCCUCCCGCUCGACGUGACCGACGCCGCGCAGAUCCAGGCCGCCUUCGCGCGCGCCCUCGAGGCCUUUGGCCGCAUCGACGUCGUGUGGAACAACGCCGGCUACACCAUGCUGGGCGAGACCGAGGGCACGCCGGACGAGGUCGCGCGCAAGAUGUUCGAGGUGAACUUCUGGGGCGCGGCGAACGUCAGCCGCGAGGCCGUCCGCGUGUUCCGCGACGUGAACAGCCCGCGCGGCGGACGCCUGCUCCAGAACUCGUCGGUGGCAGGCCUCCAGGGCUACCUGUUGAUCGCGUACUACAGUGCGACGAAGUUUGCUCUCGAAGGCCUGACUGAAUCCCUCAUCACGCUCGUCGAGCCAGGCUCAUUCAACACCAGCGCCCUCGACAACGGCGUGAAGCUCCCUCAACAUCCGGCGUAUGCCACUCCAGACUCUGCGUCGACUGCUUUCCGCAAAGCGGUCGAGACUUUUGAGAUGCCCGGCGAUCCAGAGAAGGGAGCUGAGCGCAUCUACGAGCUGGCGGCGCUGCCGAAUCCCCCCUUGCACCUGGUACUCGGGGCUGACGCCGUCCUCACCGCGAGGAAGAAGGCUGCUGACUUGGCUAGGGAGGUGGAGGAGUAUGCGUCGUGGUCUGAUGGGACGGCGACUGUGCACUAA